UUCGAUCAUAUUCGUUUUCGUCACUUGACUGAAACAGAACUCAUCUUGAUCAUGUCUGGAAGAGGUAAAGGCGGCAAAGGACUCGGGAAAGGAGGCGCUAAGCGUCAUCGUAAAGUUCUGCGUGAUAACAUCCAGGGAAUCACCAAACCCGCUAUUCGUCGUCUCGCUCGCCGCGGCGGAGUCAAGCGCAUCUCCGGUCUGAUCUACGAGGAGACCCGCGGGGUGCUGAAGGUGUUCUUGGAGAACGUGAUCCGCGACGCCGUCACCUACACCGAGCACGCCAAGAGAAAGACCGUCACCGCUAUGGACGUUGUGUACGCGCUCAAACGACAGGGACGCACCUUGUACGGCUUCGGAGGAUAAACGCCUUCAAAUCAGGAGAACAAACCCAACGGCUCUUUUAAGAGCCACCCACACUCUCACAUAAAGAGAUAAUCAUA